GAUUGACCGAGUUCACGAGUAUUAGAGAAAAGGCAUCCGUACAGCUUUGUGCAUCUCCCAUGGCUUACCAAGGACGCAUCGCAAUCAUUGCAGGAGGAAUAGGUGGUUUAGGGUCGACGACGGCAGUUCGUCUAUGGGAGCUAGGAGCCACCGUCGCACUACUGUAUGCUCCAUUCGAAGCCUCGAGGGUCAACGACACGAUCAAACGGGUAUUCGGCACCGACGCCCCCCAAAGAGUCCACACAUUCGAGGCCGACAUUACUUCGGAAUCAUCGAUCAAAGACGUCUUUGCGCAGAUAUCUGACUUGGACGGAUUCCCAUCCAUCUUGAUCAACGCCGCCGGUUAUGUUUCGGUACAGCCGCUGGAGAAAACCUCGGCGGAGGAAGCUAUGAAGAACUUUUUGCCUAACUUGCUGGGUCCGUUCAUCACCAGCAACGCAUUCUUUCAUCUCUAUCAAUCCAAGGUGGCAGAGGUAGGAGAAGAAACAGGAACAGGGGCAAGGAAAGCACCGCCGCCAGGAAGGAUAGUGAGUAUCGCCUCACAGGCUGCCCACGUGGCUUUGGACGGUCAUGGCGCGUACUGUGCCUCCAAGGCUGGCCUGUUGGGACACACUAGGUGCAUGGCGAGCGAGUGGGGACCCAAGGGCAUCACGGCCAACACUGUGAGUCCGACAGUGACCUGGACUCCAUUGGCUGCAAAGGCGUGGGCAAACGAGGAGAAGAAACAAAAACACCUUGCGCAGAUACCAACGGGAAGGUUCAGUGAACCCUCGGAGGUUGCGCACGCGAUCGAGUUUCUUUGUAGGGAUGAGAGUGCCAUGAUCAAUGGUGCUGAUGUGAGAAUCGAUGGUGGAUUUACUAUAUCUAGGUAG